AUGCUUGCUUCAAAGAUAAAUAGAUUAAUUGUUCACCUUUUAUGGUUUGCCGAUAGCAAUUUCUGACGUGUAAACGUCUGAAGAAAGUAUUGAGAACAUGAAUAAAGAUUAUUGAAAUGUGGCACUGAGAGUUCUUUCUACAGAAAAUGCUAAUACAUUACUGAAUUAUACUGCCAAAACAAUAGCUUAAAAGGCAGAGGAUGCCAUGCUUGAACUAUCUAUUAGACUGAGCAGAUCAUACUUUGAAUACUACAUAUACCUGGUCACUGAGGUGUAAAGAACUUCAGAUGCCAGAAUACGUAGAGAAGAGCUGCAUGGCUGAUUCAUAGUAAUGGAGGACUGAGUCAGUGAUGAAGAAAGACUGGAGAAAUUUUGGCUUUUAGGUUUUAAGAAAUGUCAAUUGAAAAAUUAUAUGUAUGUAAAGUAGUAAACUGGUGCAACUGACUGAUCAGAACGUGAUGACAGUUAAUUUUAUAUAAAACAGGAUUCGUGUACAACCUUUCUUUCAGGUUGUCCCUAAUAAUAGCACGCUAAAAGCAGAAUUGCAUGUUAUAACUCAAGCCUUAAUAAAAUGUAUGAGAUACUGACCAAUGUGACUCUUGAUACAUUGGGCUAGAAUCUAGAGCCAAUCCUAAUAUACUUGUUGUAUGCUAACUAAAUUAGACCUAAAAUGCUAAGUGACUUAAAGCAUUCACUUCCCUUCUAAUGAGAAGUUAUAUUACUUUUUAUAGUUUUAUUGUUUACUUACCUGCGUUAUAUAUUAAAAACAUCAAAAGUUAUGAAAGGUGCUUCACAGGUGUGAAGAAAAGCCAGAUGAUUAACCAGAGAAGCUGAAGGCUUUUAGUCAGAGGUGAAUUUUAAAAAGGUUAUUAAAGGGGCCAAAGAAAAUACAGGUUGAAAGAGCAAAUCCCCAUGAGCAGCUGAAGGCCCAGGUGGGUGCCAAAGGUAAGAAAAUGGCAAGAAGGGAUUGAUAGUAGUCAUGAAGAUUGGGGGGAAACUAGGGAUGUGGUAAUAGGACUGUGAAAUGAUAGAGAGGAGUUUAAGAUGUACAGGGAUUUGAUGAAAAGGAUGAGAAGUGUUGGUGUAUUUUUUCUCUCUGUCUGAACUCUGAGCAAUCUUCCUCGGAUAUGGUCUUUGUUAUAAAUGCCUGUGUUUGGGUAUAUAUGAUGGAAAUGACUAGAAAUUAGAGAGGACAGAGCGAUGGCAAUUGGAAUUUGAUGUGACGAAAACUAGAACUUUUAACCAUAUGUAAGUUACAGCACCUUAGCCAAAUUGCCUUUUUUCUCAGUAGGUUUCUCCUUUAUAAUCAAGUUCUCUUGCACUUUUUUUUUGAGUUAAUGAUAAAGUCAAUCGUCAUAGCAGCUAUCUGUUCCAGGUGUAUAAUAACAAAAUAGUCUGUAAAUAUCUUUGUUACAUUAAAUUAUAUGAUUUUCUUCUAACUUGCCUUUUUUUUUUCAUAUUUUUAGAGAGUCUGCGGAGUCAGACGUUUGGGGAGGUUUAGCAACAUCUUUGAUGCCAUUGAUCUCUGCAGGAACUUGCAGCAAGAAUCUGUAACUGGAUCCACAGUUCUGUUAAAUGGCUGGCUGUGGGGAUGUCGAUCAUGCAUCAAACAUGAUUCCAGGAGGAAGGAAGUUAAAUGAGUCUUGCUCAAACAUAGCACCUUCUCUGACUGUACCGGAAUGUGCUAUCUGUCUUCAGACUUGUGUUCAUCCUGUUAAACUGCCAUGCAAACAUAUCUUUUGUUUCUUGUGUGUGAAAGGAGCAUCUUGGCAAAGCAGACGGUGUGCACUGUGUCGUCAGGAAAUUCCUGAGGAGUUUCUAGACAAACCAGCUUUGCUGUCCCCUGAAGAGCUCAAAGCAGCAAGCCGAGGAAAUGGGGAGUAUGCUUGGUACUAUGAAGGCACAAAUGGCUGGUGGCAAUACGAUGAACGCACAAGUAUAGAGCUGGAAGAUGCUCAUUUGAAAGGCAAAAAGACAAUUGAAAUGCUCAUUGCUGGGUAUUUGUAUGUUGCGGACCUGGAGAACAUGAUUCAGUUUAGACGUAAUGAGCAUGGUCGCCGCAGAAAGAUGAAACGAGACAUAGCAGAUAUUCCCAAGAAGGGAGUGGCGGGUCUUCGUUUAGACUGCGAUUCUAGUGGAUUAACUUCAGAAAGAGAUAAUUCAGCAGAUGGAGCAGUUAGUCUUGCUAAUGCUGGAUCUGUAUCCAUACAGCCUACUGCUCCCAUUAUGAGGCCGACAGUUAGACAAGCAACUUCAUUAGUUGAUCAGCCAGUAAGUCCAAUAACUCCUUCACCAGAUGCAAAUGUUUUGCUUGUGAACUCCCUUGCACAGUUGCAAAUAAGUGGCCAAAACUUGACCAGGAGUCAUAGGGGAGAAGGCGAAGAGCAAUAUGUAGCUUCUGUAAGUAGAGUUUCAACUGCACAGCAUGCAGCCAGUAUGUCUUAUGAUAACACUGAGUCUGCAACAAGUUCUGAUACAGAGGAUGAGAACACCAGUCAGCAUCAUGAGUCUCCAACUUCCAACCACAACAGGCAAAGACUUGCUUAUCUGAAUAAUGAGAUACCAGGAGAGGAGCCAUCUCCAGCAGAAGGGCCGAGCAGCAGCAUCAGAGGCAGGGAGCAGCAACCUGAUGGACAAUGCACUGUAACAGAAGUCUAGAUCUGACAGUUCUCACUUCUAAAAGGAACAAAUGUUAACGCUUGCAAGAUUAAGGGCAACUGAGGAAUGUAGAAUUUCUCAACCAGAAUUGCACUCAAUUAAAGCUAGAACUAACUUUUAAUUGCUUUACUUCAUCUUGGCGUGAUUGCCAUUUUUGCAAUUUGUAAGUUUCUUUAAUGUAGGAAUUGCACGAUAUUUAUUGUGGUUAUAUUAACUUUAUUUUCAUUGCUUUAAAAUAUUUUAGUGUUGAAUUUCAGAAUGACUCACCCUUUGUGCAUGUUAUAAAAUGUGAAAUCUGAACUCCUUGCAAGCACCAAUUGUGCUGAAGGCUUUUCAUUCUCCUUGGUAUUGUACAGAUGCCUUUUGUGAUUUUUUUUUAAAUUACAUCCAUGUAGAAUUAUCUGGUUCUGUCUGGCAAGUGUUUGACUAGACCUUUUGCUUUGUAUAGCCAAAUUAAGAAUCAUUGUUUUCCUUUUCUCCCUUUUAUUAAGUACAUCACCCUAUUGUAUCAUUGUAAUUGAGGCUGGUAAUAGCUGUACAAGUAACAUUGCCUACAUAGUUGACAUUCAGUGAAGUGUUAGACUAGCAGAAACAAUUAGUUAACUUCAAUUUUACAUUAUUCUGACUAUAGCAAUGGUCAAAAUAAAGCUUAAACAUUUUGUUAAAAGUUGUUGUCACAUUGGUUCUCUGCAUUGCAAACCAAUUAUUUACAAAAGCCAACUUCUAACAGUGAGUUUAGCAACAAUGGAUAACAUGACUUCUGUUCAACAAACUGAUGUAAUUUGAGCAAAGAUCGGUUUUUGCAAUUUGUGACUGCUCAGACUUCCCAGUAAGUUAUUUUGUUACAAAGCUUUAAAAUUGUUAAAUAAUCACUUUUUCUUAAAAUGCAAAUACUAAACUUAAGUCGUUGAGCUAAUCAGGUUUUUUUUUGUAAAUGGUGUAUUCUCCAUCCUGCAGUCUAAUACUUUGAUAUAUUUUGGGUUUAGCCUUGAAACUGUAAGUGUCAUGAACAAUUCCAUAUUCAUGUCCAUCUGGAACAAGAAAUUGUCAUUCCAAAUCUUCCUGUAUAUACUACUUUGAACGCAACUAACUUGUGUUUUAGACAACUAAUGCACCACAAAUUGAGAAUUUAUAUUCAAUUAAUUAAGUAAACCAGCAUUACUGGUGUAAAAAGAAUCUAGUUAAUUGAUGCCUUCGAGGCAAGGAAAUCUUACCACUUUACCUGGUCUGUGUGCUUCCUGACCCACUAUAAUGCGACUGAUUUGAGUGCCCUCUUCUUGCUACUCGGUUGUAUCGAAACUACAGUUGUAAACUCCAGCAGUUCAAGAAAGUGAUUCAGCACUGCUUUCUUGAAGGCAGUUAGAGAUGAAGCAACAAUUAUUGGCCUCACCAGUGUUCACAUUAUAUGAAUAAAUUUUUAAAAAUAAUUAGAUUGAAGUUUCUACCUGCAUGUUUCAAUUGUCAUUGGCACAUCCUGCCCCAUUAUAAGCUAACCAUGAUGGUAACAUUGGAUUCUAAAUUUGUAUUUUUCAAUUUCAGACUUUAAUAUAAACUUGAACCAAACUCCUCCUAAACAGUAUUGUGUGUGCGGGUGUAUAUAAUAUAAAAAAAUCACGACCAUGAAAACUGUCUGUACCAAAUCAUUGCUGAAUUAACACAUGCCGACUUUGAAAUCACAUGGCAUAUUAACAGAAAAACUUAAACAUUAACAUCGUUUGGAGCAAAGAUUCUUUUAGAAUUAAUGCGGCAAUGCAAUUCUUUCUGCUCACUAAUGGGCUUACAUUUCUCUUUCAGAUGUAUCAGAUAGUUGAGUCAAAGUGCUGAUGAGUACAUGUAUCUGAAUAUUUUCUCAUUCCUCUGAGUGAAGACAUUAGGAUAAUUCCCAAACUAAUAAGUGAGUUAUUUUGAAUGUUCAGUGUACUGCAGUGUUUUUUGUUAUAGUAAUUCAUAAGAUUUUAGGAGAUUCCAUUCCGUCAGUUUUGCUUUGGUACGAUGUGUCUGAUAUUGGUGUAACUUGCACAGAUCAUUGAAGUUUCAGUACAUGUGUAAUUCACACAAAACUUUCACUUAAUACCACAGGACUGCCUGAAAGGAUUAAGACACCAGUUUAUUGUCUGAUAUAGGAACGUGAAUGGCCAUUGAGCCUAUUAUACCUUUGCUGAUCUGUGGUCCAAACCUUCCUUUGGUACCUGUGCUUAUCAAAAAGUUAUCCAUUUCAGAUUUAAAGUUAAUCUGACAGUAAUCCAACUGGGGUCUAAUCACAGUUUUGACUUUGACUUCUUGUACUCCUGUCCUCUAGAGUUUUCUUGAUUAUUGUCUUCAUUUGUUUUUGGCAUUUCAGAGAUCCAUGCACUUAACUUCAUAGCAUCUAGAAGAUAUGCUGAUUUAUACUUUUUUAAACCCAAAAUGGAUAACUUCAUACUUUAAAGUCCAUCUGUCAGUUUUGCUUCUCCAAGUGUCAAUAUUCCUUUGCAAUUUUAUGCUGUCAUUUACAUUAUCUGCUGUGCCACCAAAUUGUGUUCAGCAACUUUGGAUGGCUGACUUUCUAUCCUAUUAUCUAAGUCGUUAAUAAAAUAAUGUAUAUGAUCUUUGCUUGCAGUUAUCUUGCAUAUGCUAUGAUUGUGUUUGCAAGUGAAGGUAUUAAGUUCUAGUUUGAAAAUUGUAAAUUUAUAGUAAAACAGUACUUGUACUCCU